AUCAGGGGAGAGAGUCUAGUCUUUGGUGAGACUGAGGGGGAGUUACAGAGAGAAAGGGACCUGGGGUGCUCUUCAGAGUACGGAGUCUUCCCGGAGAACAUAAUCCAUGAUCUCGUCACCUAACUACACCAAGCACGAUAAGAGGAAGAUCGUGACCACUGUGAAUGUGGCGUAUGCUCUGAAGAGGCAGGGACAAACCUGUACGGCUUCAGUUGAUGAAUAGAUCCAUUGAUCUGCAUGCAUGGUGAUCUCCGCCUCUGUGGGUGAUCCUCCGUCACCAUGAAAGACUAGGAACUCUCAGCUCUCCAAGGGAAAUGGCUUGUUUUCUAAUACCCCUGCCCUGCUACCUGCCGUAUGACUCCAGCUGCCUCUGAAGGGCCCGUCAGCUGUUUAUGGGAACUACCACUGUGUUCGCUCUCUUGAGGAUUUAAGCUUUUCCAGGACAACACUUUUUUUUUUUUUUUUUUUUAACCCCACUGUCGAGCCAAAGCUUUGCAAUAGAGCGGGGACGCGGCGAGACAAUGGCAAACAACUCGUACAGCGGGGUGAAGAACUCCAUGGUGGAGGCCAACCAUGAUGGAGAGUUUGGCUGCACGCUCAAAGAACUGCGCUCCCUUAUGGAACUGAGAGGUGCAGAGGCGAUAAGCAAAAUUGGGGAAACUUAUGAGGAUAUUCAAGGACUCUGCAACCGGUUAAAAACAUCACCUAUAGAUGGUCUAAGUGGACAGCCUGGAGACAUCGAGAAGCGGAAAACAGUGUUUGGGGAAAAUUUAAUACCGCCCAAAAAGCCCAAAACUUUCUUACAGUUAGUGUGGGAGGCGCUACAGGAUGUCACACUGAUUAUCCUAGAAGUGGCAGCCAUAGUUUCACUAGGCCUUUCUUUUUAUAAACCUCCAGAUGCCGAAAGAGAACACUGUGGAAGGGCUGCUGGUGGUGUGGAGGAUGAAAAUGAAUCAGAAGCGGGCUGGAUCGAGGGCGCCGCCAUUCUUCUGUCAGUUAUCUGCGUGGUGCUGGUGACAGCAUUCAACGACUGGAGUAAAGAGAAGCAGUUUAGGGGCCUCCAGAGCCGCAUUGAGCAGGAGCAGAAAUUUACUGUCGUCCGUGGAGGACAAGUUAUCCAAAUUCCUGUGGCUGAGAUCGUAGUGGGCGACGUUGCACAAGUAAAAUAUGGUGACCUUUUGCCUGCCGACGGAGUCCUCCUCCAAGGCAACGAUCUAAAGAUCGACGAGAGCUCACUCACAGGGGAGUCGGACCAUGUCAAGAAAACACAAGAAAAAGAUCCAAUGCUGUUAUCAGGCACCCAUGUAAUGGAAGGCUCAGGGAAAAUGGUGGUCACUGCUGUGGGUGUCAACUCUCAAACUGGAAUUAUCUUCACUUUACUUGGGAGCAGCGAGGAGGACGACGAUGAUGAGGAGGAAAAGAAAAGGGAAAAGGAGGAAAAGAAGAAACAGAGAAAAAACAAGAAGCAGGAUGGAUCUGUGGAAAAUCGUAAGAAAGCUAAAGCACAGGACGGUGCUGCGAUGGAAAUGCAGCCACUAAACAGCGACGAGGGAGGCGAUGCGGAGGAGAAGAAGAAAGCCAACCUGCCAAAGAAAGAGAAGUCUGUUCUCCAGGGCAAACUGACCAAACUAGCUGUACAGAUUGGCAAAGCAGGACUGGUUAUGUCAGCCAUCACUGUCAUUAUCCUGGUGGUGCUGUUUGUAGUAGACACCUUCUGGAUCCAGAAUCUGCCCUGGGUCAAAGACUGCACGCCCAUUUACAUCCAGUUCUUUGUGAAAUUUUUCAUCAUUGGCGUCACUGUUCUGGUGGUGGCUGUUCCCGAAGGCCUGCCGCUUGCUGUAACAAUCUCCCUGGCGUACUCCGUUAAGAAAAUGAUGAAAGACAACAACCUGGUACGACAUUUGGAUGCCUGUGAGACUAUGGGCAAUGCCACCGCCAUCUGCUCUGACAAGACUGGUACACUCACCAUGAACCGCAUGACUGUGGUUCAGGCCUACAUCGCUGAAAAACACUUCAAGAAAGUCCCCGAACCAGAGAACAUCCCCUCCUCCACUUUAGACAUGCUGAUUCUGGGCAUCGCAGUCAAUUGCGCCUACACUACUAAGAUCAUGCCUCCAGAGAAAGAAGGGGGCCUGCCACGGCAGGUGGGUAACAAGACCGAAUGUGCCUUGCUUGGCUUUGCUAAAGACCUGAAGCGUGACUAUCAGGCCAUACGCAACGAGAUCCCCGAAGAGAAACUAUACAAAGUCUACACCUUCAACUCAGUCCGCAAGUCUAUGAGCACUGUGUUGAAGAUGGCCGAUGGCAGCUACCGUAUGUUCAGCAAAGGAGCCUCAGAAAUUCUCCUGAAAAAGUGCUAUAAAAUCCUGACAGCAAAUGGUGAGUCCAAGGUGUUUCGCCCUCGGGACAGAGAUGACAUGGUUAAGAAAGUCAUCGAACCCAUGGCCUCAGAGGGCCUUAGGACCAUCUGCCUUGGAUACAGAGAUUUCCCUGCCACUGAGGGGGAGCCUGACUGGGACAAUGAAAAUGAUAUUCUUUCUGGACUGACCUGCAUCAGCGUGGUUGGAAUCGAAGACCCCGUGAGACCCGAGGUUCCAGACGCCAUCAGGAAAUGCCAGCGUGCUGGUAUCACAGUGCGGAUGGUCACUGGGGACAACAUCAACACGGCUCGAGCCAUCGCCACCAAGUGUGGCAUCCUCCAGCCUGGAGAUGACUUCAUCUGCCUGGAGGGCAAAGAGUUCAACCGAAGGAUACGCAAUGAAAAAGGAGAGAUUGAACAAGAACGCAUUGACAAGAUCUGGCCCAAACUACGAGUACUGGCUCGCUCCUCCCCCACAGACAAACACACUUUAGUGAAAGGUAUUAUUGACAGCACAGUGAUGGAACAAAGACAAGUUGUAGCAGUGACUGGAGAUGGUACUAAUGAUGGUCCUGCCUUGAAGAAAGCCGAUGUCGGCUUUGCCAUGGGUAUUGCCGGCACCGAUGUCGCCAAGGAGGCAUCUGACAUCAUCCUGACUGAUGACAAUUUCUCCAGCAUCGUCAAGGCCGUCAUGUGGGGACGCAACGUCUACGACAGCAUCUCCAAAUUCCUCCAGUUUCAGUUGACUGUCAAUGUGGUGGCUGUCAUCGUAGCAUUCACAGGAGCCUGCAUCACACAGGACUCUCCACUGAAAGCAGUCCAGAUGUUAUGGGUCAACCUCAUCAUGGACACCUUCGCUUCACUCGCCCUCGCCACAGAGCCCCCAACAGAAGCCCUGCUGCUAAGGAAGCCAUAUGGCCGCAACAAGCCUCUCAUCUCCCGCACCAUGAUGAAGAACAUCCUGGGUCAGGGAGUGUUCCAGCUAAUCAUCAUCUUCACUCUGCUCUUCGCCGGAGAGAAGUUGUUUGACAUUGACAGCGGCAGGAAUGCACCCCUCCACGCCCCGCCUUCUGAACACUACACCAUUGUCUUCAAUACCUUUGUACUGAUGCAGCUUUUCAACGAGAUUAAUGCCCGAAAGAUCCACGGUGAAAGGAAUGUCUUUGAAGGCAUCUUCAACAACCUUAUCUUCUGUAGUAUUGUCUUUGGUACCUUCAUUAUCCAGAUUGUUAUCGUACAGUUCGGAGGGAAGCCGUUCAGCUGCGUGGCUCUGACCAUCGACCAGUGGCUAUGGUGCACUUUCUUAGGCUUCGGCUCCUUAAUAUGGGGACAGGUUAUCUCUACAAUACCCACCAGCCGCUUAAAAUUCUUGAAAACAGCGGGCCAUGGCACCCAGAAAGAGGAGAUCCCAGACGAGGAGCUGGAGGAGCUGGACGACAUGGAUGAGAUCGACCACGCAGAACGGGAGCUUCGCCGAGGCCAGAUCCUGUGGUUCCGAGGUCUCAAUCGCAUCCAGACUCAGAUGGAUGUAGUGAGUGCGUUCCAGAGUGGAACUUCCUUUCAGGGGGCUCUAAGGCGGCAGGCCUCCAACUCCAGCCAGCAACAGCACGAUGUAACCAAUGUUUCUAGCCCUACACAUGUAGCCUUUUCUACUACUACCACUACUGCCACUGCCGCCAACACCGCUUCUGCCACUGUGGGGUAUUCUGUGAAAUGUGUCAUGGGCUAUACUCAAAGGUUUACUACCAUUGAACACAAGAUCCGGGUGGUGAAUGCAUUCCGCAGCUCCAUCUCCCUCUAUGAGGGGCUGGAGAAGCCCGAGUCGCGAUCAUCGAUCCACAACUUCAUGACCCACCCCGAAUUCCGGAUAGAGGACUCUGAGCCCCAUAUUCCCCUCAUAGACGACACCGACGCAGAGGACGACGCUCCCACCAAGCGCAACUCCGCCAGCCCCCGCAACGCCACGCCCUCACCCACACCAACGCCGCCCUCGCCCUCACCCUCGCCCACCACCAUCGCCCCCACCACGCCGGUGACUCCCUCCCCAAACCAGAACAAUAACGCUGUGGAGAGCAGUAACCACCUCCUCCCAGAGGGCCCCAAAUCAGGAACCCCCUCGGCCCCGGGGAGCCCCCUACACAGCCUGGAGACCUCCCUUUGAUCUGACCCCAGCGCCACGCGUCACCACCACUUUUCUACCCCGCCACCAAGGAGCUCGACUCAGACAUUAAGCGACGGACACUUUGAGAAGAGAGACGAAGGGCUAAGCAGGAGAGCGGAGUCUUGUGUGAGCUUGGCUUGGGCUGGACUAAAGAACAGCAAACAUUCAGAGGAAUGUACGGCUUGGUGUGGAUGCUUUGGUCUUCUUUUAUUUUUGGUUCUUAUUAAUCCCCCCGCUGCAACACAAGGACUCUGUCUCCACCCCUCCCUCCUUGGUAACUUUGUUUUUCUCGGUAAACAAGGGGUGAUUAUAAACUCAGAUUGAAAGUGACCUGUUUUUAUUAUCUAUUAUUAUUAUUAUUAUUAUUAUUAUUAUUAUUAUUUUAAUUGAGAAGGGGAGGUGCUCCUCCUGGCUUGAAGAUCGUCUGUAAGAAUUACGAAAAAACCUUUAGCUUCUCUUUUAUCUGAAUGGUGUUGUAUAUUUAUCUCUUUGGCCCUUUGCUCAUUCAAAACUUACUUCUGCUCCAUUGGCUGUUAAUAUUUUGAGUUAUUUAUGUUUUUGGAAAAAAGCAGGUCUGUUUACAAAGUUUGUAGAUACUUUUUUUCUGUUUGUAGGCAAAAGAGCUUCCUGAUGUAUGAUGCAGAGAACUGGGACAGAAUAAAAAAACUGAAUGAGAGGAUUAUUUCAGAUACUGCUGUAUUUUCAGGAAAAAAAGGGUGUUUCUAUUGAAACUUAACUAUUUUUGCCUGCAAGUUUUAUUUGUUAUAUAUUUGUAGAUAAAUGUAGAACCUUCUAGCCAAACCGAUAAACACUAAGGCUUGUAUAGAAAAAAGAGGUCCACCGGGGGGCGAGGCGUUUUCACAGGAGACGGGAUUUUAAGGGCCUCUGUCCACUAACAUCGCUAUAAAUAUUUACUUCUUCCAUUUCUUCGAUAGUUUUCAUGUGCACAAAACCUUCUGGAGUUCUGGAUUCUCUUCUCAUUCAUUACGUUGUGUUAAAGGAUUUCCACAUGUUGAAAGGUUCACUCAUUAAUUAAAGGGAGUUUUACCAGGGCCCCGUAUUUAGCAAGCAUCUCAGACCAGAGUCAUGCUGAAACAAAGUCUUACCUCAGAGUCGGACGUGAGGUCCUUAUGAAGCCUCCUGCAGCCGCUUUCAAUAGGAAGUUCUUCUUUUUAUAUUUAUGUGGUUACACGCUCUGGACCAUAAAAUAUUCACAUCCUAGUUCUAGUUGCGUUCAAAAGAAGCUAACUCAGAUUAUUUGAUGCACUAUUUUUGCACGUUAAGGCUAAAAAUUUGCUUUGCCAAAGCUCAAAAACACUAAAAUAACUUAAAGUUCACCUUUUUUUUUUUCUUAACGACUACUUGAGUUAAAAGUGAUGCUGUGUUGCCUAUUUAUUUAACAAUAAGACGUUCAUACAGACUAAACGUGAAUGUGCCUUGGCUACAAUAAGAAUUUAGACGCCACAGAUGAAACAGUUCCUCCUACAGCGCAGCGUAGGACCAAAUAAGCCUCCGUCUGAUCCUUCUGGGCCAGUUGUGACUGAUUCUUCUCUCUCUGGAUGCUUGAUAAAUACGGACCCUGCUCAUAUUUUAUGUUUUGGUGCGUUUAAUUUUUGUUUCCCUCAGCAAAAUGCCCCCCCCCCCCCCCCC